AUAAAUAAAAGAAAAAAAAAAUUUCACGUUCAUCAUUGGAUUGUAAAUAGAAAUAAUUAAUCGAUUACGAUCACUAAUUGAUCUUUUUGUUUUGAUUAAUUUAUUAAAGUUAUACGUUAUAAUUUGCAAUGGACGACCGGGGAUUACGUUCGAAGUUGUAAAAAAAAGAUGGACGUCGGGAUGAGGCCUAGGACGACCAGGACGACGAAUGAUAGCGAGUAAAAUAAAGUCGUAUGGCAAAAGUGUCGUUCGACAAAUCAAAUAUAAUUCAUGACGCGUGUCUUAGGUUGUUGAUAAGGGACACGUGUCGGUGUUUAGAAAUAUUUCCUGACACGCGUUUGGAUCGCCUUGACACGUGUCUCUUUAACUAUCCGUUUUUAUCCGCGUGGACGCCCUCGCGGGCGCCCGUAUGUGUGUAAGUGUACGUAUGUUUGUGCUUGUGCGUACGCGUGUUUUUUGAAAUCCUUUACUCGUGAUCGCAAUGGAUGUUAAAGGAUUUCGAAUUCCUGAGUACUCGAACACGAACGAAAAGGGCAUCUAUAUAUCUUAAUCUCUUUUAAUGUUCCAUAAGAUUCUAUAAUAAUAAGGGAUGUAUAUAUAAAAAAGAAGAAAAAAGGAAAAUUAGAAACGUGACAAAGCAACGAAGAAGAUGAGAAAAAGAGUGAUUAUCAGAAUGUUUUUAUUAAUUUCACGUGACAAAAAAGGAUUGUUUUGAUUUUGAAUAAGUGUAUUAAAGAGAAGGAAGAAGGACGAGGAAAAAGAUAUUAAUAAAUAUUAGAAAAAAUGUAUUCCAUGGACAAUUUGGAAUUGGACAUAAUGAAUCGUCAAUAUAUGUACGAGGCGCAUAGUUUCCUUGGUAAUCCAGCGAUUCCAGCUUUGCCUGCUCAUUAUGGUACACCAACUACGGCUAGCUUACCAACGAUUCCAUCCCAAUUACCGUCGCAUCCUUCCGGUAGUACCGGAAGUACAAGUGGUAGCGACGUUUAUCCCUACGACGAGAACAGCAGUGACAACGAGAGCGUAUACAGCAGCGAUCAAGAAAAUCAUGCAAGGGAACGAAGCCGAAGCCGAAGUCGUGGCAGCAGACGAAACGGUGUCGGUGGGAAAUGUCCAAGGCAGGCUGUUCAACAACGACAGGCUGCAAACAUGCGUGAGAGGCGACGUAUGCAGAACAUAAACGACGCGUUCGAGGGUUUAAGGGCUCAUAUACCUACAUUGCCCUACGAGAAGAGGUUAUCGAAGGUGGACACAUUAAAACUGGCCAUUGGUUAUAUUAAGUUCCUCAAUGAACUCGUUCGUGCUGAUAAAGGAAACGAUCCACUAACAGGAAACGGUGGUCAUUCAAGGUGUUCUGGACGAGAUGACACUAAGAAGAUCAUAGUUCGUGGAAGCGGUGGCAAUCCCUUUAUCUCUCAUUCUCUUUCUUGGUCAAGAGAAUCAGAUGUUUCGUCGAACGGUACUAUGUACGCUAAGGUUUGGACGCCUGAAGAUCCGAGAACAGCGAAAACCGGAACGACUUACGAGUGAAGAAUUCUCUCCUUCAUUUCCUUUCUAUCAUUUAUCCAUCUACAUCCGUCGUGAUUAGAUAAAAAAAAAAAAAAGGAAAAAAGAAAACGAAAAAAAAAAGAAAAAAAAAAGAAAAAAAGAAAAUAAGGAAAGGAAAAGAAAAAACAAAAAAAAGACAACAACAAAGAGGAAAUAAUCAACCCCCCUGCCCAAUCGAUCCCUCUGAAAAUUCCCAGAUCUCGAAAUAAUCGAGAAAUUUCGUAACGCGUGUUAUUUAGUGUCUAAGAAGGUGAAAUUUAUAAAAUAAUCGAAACGUCUAGUCUUAUCGUGAAUUUCUAGAAGUUCGAUUAGAAGAACUCGCGAGAACCAAAAAAAGAAAAGAAGGAAAGAAAAAUAAUCUAAUCUAGUCUAAACUUUAACUGUGACGAAUAAUUCGCCCUCGCGAAUUGUGCGAACUCGUAAAAUGAACAAAGAAAGAAAAAAAAAAAAAAAAAAGAAAAAAAAAAGAAAAAAAAAGGAAAAAUUACUUUUGUGCAAUUUUUGAAAAACGGCGAACGAAUGCAAAUUUUGGAAAAGGGAAAAAAAGGAAAAGAACAAAAAGAAAAAGAGAAUGAUCAUUGUCAAGCAUCGAGCUCGUACGUCUUGUUUUUAAGAAGUAAACAUUCCUUCAACUUAUAUAUAUAUAUAUAUGUAUAUAUAUAUAUAUAUGUACACAAUCGAGAUACAAAACUGUAAAUAAAGAUUCUGUAUAUCGUCAUAUUUGCAAACCAACAAAAUACGUCUAAUUUUUAUGAAUAUCGUUUAUCUUUUAUUUCUUUUCUUUUCUUCCUCAAAAUAAUAUAUUCAAUCUAUUAUUUACUGAUAAUGAGAUCACCGAUCAUAAUUAUUAUCCGUUUCAAUAAUUAAACGUUCCUAUUUUAUCAUAAUAUGGAUAUACUUUUCGUCAUUACUCUGUAUAAUAAAAAAAGAAAAAAAAAGAAAAGAAAAAAAAAACAAAUCAUACUGAGUUCUAAUGAAAUUUUUUAAAAAUGAUAGAACAAUGAUGAGUACAAGACGGCGCCUCUACGAUCGGAAAACACGUGACAAACUCAAGCAAAAUUUAAACGACGAAGUACAUUUUCUGGAUGGAAAGAGAAAGGAAGACAGAGAGAGAGGGAGAGAGAGAAACAGAUAGACAGACAGACAGACAGACAAACAGACAGAAUUAGAGGAAGACAAAGAUAGAUGUAGUGGGCGGUACGUCGAUACUGCGGCGUCGCGACGCCCUCCGUUGUUCUCCGCGAGAAGAAUGAUGGCGGCGACGGCUGCGUACCUUCCCACGACGUCGAUCCUUUCUUCCUUCCUUAUUCGCCUUCCAUUUCCUUGUCAUUUUCAAACACGAACGACCAAAAGAACUUCUCUUUUCU